UGUAUUUUAUUUAGCUAUAGACACAACGGCCGUGACUUAAUAGACGACUCCUUUAUAUCAGAAAUCCUCUCUACGUGAAUAAUCGAUCUAAUCGCCACGACAGCGAGCUACCUGUACACAAACCAUGGACGAGCCACAAGUGCAAUCACAGCCGAAAUUGCCCAAGGCACUCUUUCCUCAUACCUCAGCGCAUGCCCCAGCGAGCUCCUCGUCAUCGUCGGAAACAAAAAAGGAUGAUUCGACAACAUCAACAUCCUCAGGCCCGUCCAUGGCUGGUCAGGAUGGGAAGUCAUACGUCCUAGACAAGAAUGGGAAACCAUGCCGUCUCUGCACCUCAGCCGCCGCAUGGCGCAACCUCACAAAACAAUCCAAAGCCACAACCGCAACAACCUCAACCGCAGCGGCAGCUUCUACUACUACAAACCCCAUCGCACAAGAAACCCAGAAUGACAGCCGCGACUGUCCGCCGGACGUUGAAGCUUUAGGCCGCUCAACCUGGACCCUCCUCCAUAGCCUAACAGCAACGUACCCGGAAAAGGCGUCUGCGGGUGAACAAUCCGAGAUGCGGUCUUUCCUGACUCUGUUCUCGAAACUGUAUCCGUGCUGGGUAUGCGCAGACGACUUUCGGACGUGGAUGGCAGAGCCGAGUGGGAAGAACCAGCCGAAGCUAGGCGGGAGAAAGGAGUUUGGAAACUGGAUGUGUGAGGCACAUAAUGAAGUGAAUCGGAAGCUCGGGAAGAAGGAGUUUGAUUGUCGGUUUUGGGAGGAGAGGUGGAAGGAUGGGUGGAAGGACGGGAGGUGUGAUUGAUUAAGCUUACAUUGGCAUGGGUUAAUUCAUUGCUAUUGGAAAGGGAACUAUAUGUAUAUGUAUGAAAGACUCGGCUCUCUGCUCGAGAUAUAUGGGUUUUAUGUGGAAUGUAUAAAUAGAUAGACUAGACAUCUCCAAAUCACGGUUCAACAUGUAUAGCAUUCGCAAAAAGUAAAGAUAUUAUACUAACAUCGCUCAGGAAUUAUUGAAGACAGGCAACAGAUCCAUAUGUCUAUGUAACAGGACCUCAGGACCGUGGGCCCUUAAGAAGAUAGGAGUCCACUUUUUCUAUCUUUAA